AUGGCGAAUCGUACGGAUCCAGCAGCGAAGAGCAUAAGAGGGACGAAUCCCCAAAACCUAGUGGAGAAGAUUCUCCGUUCAAAGAUCUACCAGAACACCUAUUGGAAGGAACAAUGUUUCGGUUUAACGGCGGAGACCUUAGUCGACAAGGCCAUGGAGCUCGACCACCUCGGCGGCACCUACGGUGGCAACCGUAAACCCACUCCCUUCAUGUGCCUCGUCAUGAAAAUGCUCCAGAUUCAGCCCGAGAAAGAAAUCGUCAUCGAGUUCAUCAAAAACGAUGAUUACAAGUAUGUGAGGAUACUUGGUGCGUUCUAUUUGCGUCUUACGGGAUCUGAUACUGAUGUCUAUCAUUACCUGGAACCAUUGUAUAAUGAUUAUAGAAAACUGAGGCGAAAAUUAGCUGAUGGACAGUUUAGUUUGACACAUGUUGAUGAGGUCAUUGAUGAACUUCUCACAACGGAUUAUUCCUGUGAUAUUGCUAUGCCGCGUAUCAAGAAAAGGUGGACUCUUGAAUCUCUUGGUUCAUUAGAACCUAGACAAAGUGCACUUGAAGAGGAUUUUGAGGAGGAAGAGGAGAAUGAGGAUAAUGAACAGCCUGCCGAAGAGCUUGAAGAUAAAACCCAUGAGAAGGAUUAUUAUCGUGGGCGAAGUCCUACAAGGGAAAGAGAUAGGGAUAGAAGACGCGAAAGUCACAGACACAGGUUUCUCUGCACUGACAGUGUGCAGUUGAGAAGUAUGAUGGGUCAAACAGCUAAUGUUUCAUUGCUGUUACUUUCUUGUUGGGGGAGGCAUUGUGAAGUGACUAUUGUUAUGGAUCGCGACUAUGAUAGAGAUUAUGACAGAGAGCGUGGACGUGGCCGAGAUAGAGACAGAGAUAGGGAAAAGGAAAGGGACAGAGAUAGGGAAAAGGAAAGGGACAGAGACCGAUAUCGAGUGAGGGAAGAAAAGGAUUAUGGUCGUGAGAGAGAGGGUAGGGAGCGAGAGAGGAGAGACAGAGAUCGCGACCGUGGUAGGAGGAGGAGCUACUCAAGGAGUCGAAGUAGAAGCAGGGAUCGCAAGGAACAUGAUGGCGGGGACUACAGGAAGAGACAUGCUCGUAGUAGCGUUAGUCCUAGAAGGCAUGGAGAUGGAGCUGAGGAUGGGGAGCCAAAGAGGAAGAAGGAGAAGAAAGAAAAGAAGGAAAAGAAGGAUGACGGGACUGACCAUCCAGAUCCAGAGAUUGCCGAAGCAAACAGGUUACGAGCAGAACUGGGUUUGAAACCACUGAGGAUGUGA